GCGGCGAUGCCGGACCCCGCGGCGCACCUGCCCUUCUUCUACGGCAGCAUCUCGCGCGCCGAGGCCGAGGAGCACCUGAAGCUGGCGGGCAUGGCCGACGGGCUCUUCCUGCUGCGGCAGUGCCUGCGAUCGCUGGGCGGCUAUGUGCUGUCGCUCGUGCACGAAGUGCGCUUCCACCACUUCCCCAUCGAGCGCCAGCUCAACGGCACCUACGCCAUCGCGGGCGGAAAGGCGCACUGCGGCCCGGCUGAGCUCUGCGAGUUCUACUCACGCGACCCCGACGGGCUGCCCUGCAACUUGCGCAAGCCGUGCAACCGGCCGUCGGGGCUCGAGCCGCAGCCCGGGGUCUUCGACAACCUUCGCGAUGCCAUGGUGCGCGACUACGUGCGCCAGACUUGGAAGCUGGAGGGCGAGGCCUUGGAGCAAGCCAUCAUCAGCCAGGCACCCCAGGUGGAGAAGCUCAUUGCCACGACAGCUCACGAACGGAUGCCCUGGUACCACAGCAGCCUGACGCGCGAGGAGGCCGAGCGCAAACUCUACUCGGGCUCCCAGACCGACGGCAAGUUCCUGCUGAGACCCCGGAAAGAGCCAGGCACGUACGCACUGUCUCUGAUCUAUGGGAAAACUGUGUACCACUACCUCAUCAGCCAGGACAAGGCGGGCAAAUACUGCAUUCCCGAGGGGACCAAAUUUGACACACUCUGGCAGCUGGUGGAGUACCUGAAGCUGAAGGCUGAUGGACUCAUCUACUGCCUGAAGGAGGCCUGUCCCAACAGCAGUGCCAGCUCAGGGGCCGCUGCUCCUACACUCCCCGCCCACCCGUCCACAUUCACCCAGCCUCAGAGACGGAUCGACACUCUCAACUCAGAUGGAUACACCCCUGAACCAGCGCGGUUAGUGUCCUCAGAGAAGCCGCGAACGAUGCCCAUGGACACCAGUGUCUAUGAGAGCCCCUACAGCGACCCCGAGGAGCUCAAAAACAAGAAGCUCUUCCUGAAGCGUGAGAACCUCCUCAUGGCUGACAUCGAACUUGGCUGCGGCAACUUUGGUUCAGUUCGCCAGGGCGUCUACCGUAUGCGCAAGAAGCAGAUCGACGUGGCCAUCAAAGUGCUGAAACAGAGCACGGAGAAGGGGGACAAGGACGAGAUGAUGCGGGAGGCGCAGAUCAUGCACCAGCUGGACAACCCCUACAUCGUGCGGCUCAUCGGGGUCUGCCAGGCCGAGGCCCUCAUGCUGGUCAUGGAGAUGGCCGGCGGUGGGCCCCUGCACAAGUUCCUGGUCGGGAAGAAGGAGGAGAUCCCCGUCAGCAAUGUGGCAGAGCUGCUGCACCAGGUGUCUAUGGGGAUGAAGUACCUGGAAGAGAAAAACUUUGUGCAUCGUGACCUGGCGGCCCGCAAUGUCCUGCUGGUCAACCGGCACUACGCCAAGAUCAGUGACUUCGGGCUCUCCAAGGCCCUGGGUGCCGACGACAGCUACUACACCGCCCGCUCAGCCGGGAAGUGGCCGCUCAAGUGGUAUGCGCCCGAGUGCAUCAACUUCCGCAAGUUCUCCAGCCGCAGCGACGUCUGGAGCUAUGGAGUCACCAUGUGGGAGGCCUUCUCCUACGGGCAGAAGCCCUACAAGAAGAUGAAGGGCCCGGAGGUCAUGGCCUUCAUCGAGCAGGGCAAGCGGAUGGAGUGCCCACCAGAGUGUCCCCCUGAGAUGUACAAGCUCAUGAGCGAUUGCUGGACCUACAAGUGGGAGGACCGCCCGGACUUCGCCACCGUUGAACAGCGCAUGCGCAACUACUACUACAGCUUGGCGAGCAAGGCAGAGGAGCCCGCCGCUUGUGGAAAUGGGGUUCAGGCUGCGUGUCCCUGA